UCUUCUUGCAUCUUGUGUUGCACCCCUGAGGCGACACAACCCAAACCUGUUCUCCUUUGGAAAGUUUGAUGCAGGAGGAUCUUAUAGAAUGCACAAGGAAGCCAGAAAGACAAGAAAGCUGUGUGUUGACUUCACUUAAGUCUUUAACAAGGCGUCCAAAGUAAGAAGUCUGGGAAACAAUACUGGCAUGAAGUGGAGCGCGCCUGUCCUUGUCCUUCUUGCUGGCGUGGGUGCACUGUCGUCAUUCGUGGGCCGUCCACGCCAGUACCACUACGCCAAAGAUGCCGUCAAUUGGCAGGAGGCGCAGUCACUGUGCCGCAACUUCCACAGAGACUUGGCCACGGUGAACAACGCCAAGCAAGCAAAGAGACUGGUGGCAGUCUCGCACCGCUCCAUUGGCGGCCUCGGCGGCAAGGCCUGGAUUGGGCUGAGGAGCGACCUCACUGAGUGGAUUUGGUCCAAUCCUUUUGACAGCUACCUGUCGCCCAACUUGUACAGCAACUGGAAAAGGGGACAGCCGGACAACUUCAACGGGAACCAGUUGUGCGUGGGGAUGGACGUCAACGGCCUUUGGGACGACUACUCCUGCGCCGAAUUGCUGUCAUUUGUCUGCUACAAUGACGAGGCCGGGGAAGAUGAAGCUGAGAGGUUUGUCCUGAUGGAAAGGCGUCUCAAUUGGACGGAAGCGCAGAACCAUUGCCGAAUUUUUUACACGGAUCUACCCACCAUCGACAGUGAGACGGACAAUGAGCAAAUAAGAAACAUUGCCGGUGGAGAAGAGGUCUGGAUCGGCCUCAGCAGGACCCGGUUUUGGUCUGAUGGGAGCUACUCCCCCUUCCGCUUGUGGGCAAAGGGACAGCCCGAUAACGCCAAUGGGGUUCAGCAAUGCACAGCAGUGGAUCUCAGCACAAAGGACGGCCUUUGGACGGAUGAAAACUGUGACAUAGAUCUGCCGUAUGUGUGCCUCACAGACAACGUUCACAUGGUCAACCUCCAGGUGAAGCUGAACUCUGCCCUGAGGCUGACCGAGGAAGCCCUUGCGGUGCUGGUGGAAACCGAUUUUUUCACCACGUUGCUCCGAAUGGGACUUCCUGAAAACAUCAAGGUCCGUCUGAACAGGGUCAUCAAACCGGAGCCCAAUUUGCUAAUAAUUGAUGCAUGACAUCAUUCCUUUGUGAAAUUACAUUCUUGCAAAUAAAAAACUG